CUCUGCAGGACACUGAAUAAUCUUACGUUGAGUCUCUGCGCACACUCAUUCAGGGCUACAUGAAGCCCCUCAAGCACCCGGAAACCUCGCCUCUCUGUGACCCGUCUCUGGUAGACGAGAUGUUCUACCAGAUCCCUGAGAUUCUCGAGCAUCACGAGCAGUUCCUGGAGCAGGUGCUGGACUGUGUCAACCAGUGGCACGACAAACAGACGAUCGGCCAUGUGCUCAUCCAGUCGUUUUCCAAAGAGAUCCUCGCCAAUAUUUAUUCAGCGUACAUCGACAACUUCAUGAAUGCCAAAGAUGCAGUGAGAAUCGCCAAGGAAGCCAAGCCUGCUUUCCUAAAGUUUCUAGAGCAAAACAUGCGUGAGAAUAAAGAGAAACAAGCUCUGGGUGAUCUGAUGAUAAAGCCAGUGCAGCGGAUCCCACGAUACGAGCUGCUUGUUAAGGAUCUUCUGAAACACACUCCUGAGGAUCACCCCGACUACCUGUUCCUGCAGGAUGCCCAGAAGAACAUCAAGCGAUUGGCUGAGAGGAUCAACAAGGGCCGGCGCACCGCGGAGGAGCUGGAGAGAGAGACGCGUGUCAUGCAGGAGAUCGAAGCGCACAUCGAGGGCGUGGAGCAUAUCCUGAAUCCGCAGAGGACGUUUCUAAGACAAGAGAUGGUGGUGGAAGCGAAAACGGUGGGCAGUAAAAAAGACCGAUCUCUGUUUCUGUUCAGCGAUCUGCUCAUCUGCACCACGCUGAAGAGAAAGUCUGGUUCUCUGCGCCGGAGCUCCAUGAGUCUAUACUCCGCUGCUAGUGUCAUUGACACAUCGAGUAAAUACAAGUUCUUGUGGAAACUGCCCUUAGAAGACAUUGAGGUGGUUAAAGGUUCUAAUCAAGCCACUAACAGAGAAAACAUCCAGAAAACCAUCAACCGUCUGGAUGAAGAUCUCAGCACGCUUGGCCAAAUAAGCAAGCUGUCAGAAACACUCAGUUUCCCCCAUCAGAGUUUGGACGAUGUGAUAAAGGAUCUGAUGGCGUCAGUGCACCGUGAGCUGGCAGAUAAACAGUCUCUGGCCUUCAGCAUGACGUUACUGCCCACUAAACUAGAGCUGACCAGCACUUCAGCUGAGACCACCUUCAUCUUUGAGUUCAGCAGCCCUGAUACCCGCAGUAACUUUGAGCAGGCCUUUGAGGAGGCCAAGAAGAAGCUCGCCAUGAACAAAGACCAGUGGGACCCUGAGUUCCUGAAGGCCAUUCCCAUCAUGAAGACCCGCAGCGGGAUGCAGUUCUCCUGCGCCUCCCCCAGUCACAGCUGUCCAGAGAACACGUAUGAGGUGUGGGUGUGUAACAGCGAUGGGUACGUGGGUCAGGUUUGUCUGCUGAACAUCCGGGACGAGCCCACGGUGGAGGCCUGCAUCGCCGUCUGCUCCGCUCGCAUCAUCUGCAUCGCAGCCGUGCCGGGCCUGAAGAACAGAGAACGUGUAGGUCAUUCCAGCGCCUCCGUCCCGUCUGAGUCAAAUCCUACAGCGUCUACACAACCCCAGCUCCACAUCUGCAUCUCCGGCUCGUCUCUGGAGCUCAGCGAGCCGCCUGCGGUCCCCGCCGCAGAGCUCGUGCCCUUCGAUAGUGACGACACCGAUGAUGAAGACUCUCCCAGCCCUUCAUCCACACUGCAGAGCCAAGCCUCCCAUUCCACCCUCUCAUCCAGCUUCGGCAAUGAUGAAGCAGCCGUUUCGAAGGACAUGGCCACCGAGACCACCAGCUCCGAGGAGGAACAGGAGUUUCCCGUCCCCAGCUCAUUCAGUGCGGACAGUCCCAUGGACGGCCGAGCCAUGCGGCGGUCCAGUCGAGGGUCCUUCACCCGUGCCAGUCUGGAGGACCUGCUGAGCAUCGACCCGGAGGCGUAUCAGAGCUCCGUCUGGCUCGGGACCGAGGACGGCUGUAUUCAUGUGUACCAGUCAUCAGACAACAUCAGAAACCGGAAGAACAGUAUGAAGAUGCAGCACUCUGCCUCUAUCUUGUGUAUCCUGUAUCUUGACAACAAAGUGUUCGUGUCCCUGGCAAACGGGGAGGUGAUUGUUUAUCAGAGGGAAGCAGGAAGUUUCUGGGAUCCUCAGAGCUCUCAAACGCUGUGUCUGGGCUCUCCAAGCGGACCCGUGACCAAAAUGGUUCCUGUGGCGGGAAAACUGUGGUGUGGCUGUCAGAACCGAGUCCUCAUCAUCAACACCAGCACUUUAGCACAAGAGCACUCACUCCAGGUGGGUCAGGACAGUGGGCGCUGCGUGACCAGUAUGGUGAGCUAUGGUAAAGGCGUGUGGAUCGCUCUACAGGGCAGUGCUCAGGUGCGGCUUUAUCACGCCUCCACCUACGAGAGCCUGACGGAGGUCGACGUGGCACCAGCCGUGCACAAGAUGCUUGCAGGCUCUGAUGCCAUUAUCCGGCAGCACAAAGCAGCGUGUUUGCGGAUCACGGCUCUUCUGGCGUGUAAGGACCUGCUGUGGAUCGGCACCAGUGCAGGGGUGGUCCUGACUCUGGCCAUCCCACCAGUGUCCUCCACUGGGCUGGGCUCUCUGCGUGCUCCCCUCCUCCCCAUGGGCUCCGCCCACGGACACACCGGACACGUCCGCUUCCUCACGUGCAUUGAGUUGCCAGAGGGCUUUGAUGUCAACUUCCCACCACCGUCCGAAUCAGUGAACUCCGCACAGAACAGCUCAGAGAGCAGCAGCGGAGGCCUGCAGAGACGAGACUCCGCCCGACGGUGCGCCUCCAUCAUCUUGCCCGUCAAAUCCAACCUGCUGGUCAUCAGCGGUGGCGACGGCUAUGAAGACUUCAGACUGACCAAUAGCAGCGAGACGGUGGGGCGGGACGACAGCACCAACCACUUACUGCUGUGGCGCGUGUGACGGAAGCCCCGCCCCUCGACACACAAGCCGCUGGACCAGCCCACGCACUUCCCCCCGAAACCCCGCCCCUUCCUGUUCUCUGAUGCGUUGUGCAUGAGUGUGUAAGACGCCAACCAAUGGGGUGUUUGUCGUUACGUUGUGUUAUGGGUCAUUUUUGUUUCUUGAUGUAAAAUAUCGAUCUCGCUUGCCAUGUGGUUUUUCUGUGGCCGCUUUUGAAUAUUGUGUUGAAACUUUAAAGCAGCUUUCGGACGAAAUUAUCGUAAAAAUCCUUGAAGAAGAAAAGAUAGACAUCAGAAAGAGAAAAAGCAGGAAAAGGUGAAGUAAAAAAGAAAGGAAGCAAGAAUUGUUGGAUAGAGAGAGGGUUUGAAUGCAUCACAUGAGGCAGGGAGGAUUGUGGGUAAUGUGGAUGGACGUACAAAGU